AUGAUAUCAGCCACAAUGAAAGCUAGUCACAUUAUCGCCGUCCUAAAUAUAUGCAAACGGGGAGAUGUGGCCUUCCUACGAAAGCUUCUUGCCUCUAACUGCAAUUUCGAAGAGGUAAAGGAUCGUAAGGGGAGAAAUGCUCUUCACUACUGCGCGGAAACUGAUGAUACAGGAUCUUCGAGUACGGCAAAAAAACCUGGAGGACGUCUAGGAUGUGCAGCACUUCUUCUGGAUUCCGAAUUCAAACUUCAAGAUCAGCCAGAUAAUGAAGGCUUUCUCCCAUUUCAUCAUGCUGUCAUUCAUGGAAAUAUUCCUCUCGCUAAACUUUUUCUUUCUCAUGGCGUUGACGUGAAUGUUCUUGUUACUCCUCCUUCUCCUGAUGAAGUCUGCCAAGAAGCCGGCAACACUGCGGGUUCUGGAAGAUCCGCUCUGCAUUUAUCUGUAAUCUAUGCUAAUUACGAAAUGUUGGAGUUUCUCCUUUCUGGUUCAUUUGAGGAUGAUAAUGACGUUAAAUAUGAGUUCUAUAUUGAUGCCAGCAUCCAGGAUGCACAAUCAGCAAUAGCUUUACACUAUGCUGUUCAAUUGCCAGAAGGAAUUUCAGCCUCCAUGAUUAAGUGUAUUGUCGAAAACUCUGAUGUGGAUAUCAACUCUACUGAUGCUCAUGGAAGAACCCCAUUAAUUUGGGCUGCUACAAUCGGAGCUUCCUUGCCAACUAGUAUUCUUUUGGAUCUUGGUGCAAAUGCUUCGAAAUCUGAACAGAGUGGACUCACAGCUCUCCAUUGUUCUGCUUCGAGAGGUCAUACCUCAACCAUCCAAGCGAUCAUUCAACACCUUGAUAAGAGUGACGUGGAUAAUGAAGGGAGAAAAGAGGUCCUAGAUGCACAGGACACGGAUGGAUGUACUCCUCUGUUUUAUUGUGUUACAAUGGGACAUCCUAGUGUGACAAAGAAGUUACUUAAGGCAGGAGCAGAUUCAAAUACUACAGAUAGUCGUGGAAGAAACCUAUUCCACUGUGCCAGUAGAACCCCGUCUGGUAGUGUCCUUCCCAUCAUAGAUCUUUUGCUAGAACACGGAGCCGAUCCUUCUAAAGUGAAUAGUGUUGGUGAUACCCCACUACAUGAAGCCUGCUCUAAUUCAAAUAAAGAGUGUGUGGAAAGAUUACUUAAAGUUACUUGUGUUGCAGAAAAUUGCAUCAAUCUUAAAAAUGAUGACAAUCAAACGCCUCUUCAAAUAUCCACUCAGCGGGCUUUAAGGGCAAAAGAGCAAGAGUUGAAUAGUGAUCACGCUAAAGACGUUGAAAUCUGUCAGCUAUUGGUUAAUGCGGGAGCUAAUGUUGGUACAGAGGAUGAAGCCGAGAGCUCACCACUUUCAAUGGUUAGAACCUGUCUAAGAACCACCCCAAAUUAUCGACCGGCUUUGGAGCUUGAACGCGUGUUUAAUAGGAACGUUAACAGCAGAAAAUGCAUCACACAGGACCAACUGACUCCUAUUCGAAGAGAUAGCUUUUCAACAACAAUUGAAACUAAGGAAAUGUCCGAUAUAUCAGCAGCAACUGAGUCGCAUGAAAAGUCUAAUAACAUGGAAGAUGUCUGUAAAAAUCGCCCACGUUUGGAGCAGUCCGACUUGAGUUCUAGUGGCAGUAUUAGUGAUACGAAGGAAAGAUACCGAAAUCACUACGAAAAUUCGCGAAAGUCAGUAAGCGAGGGGGUAGAUUUUCCUGUAAGUCAAGAAGAUUUGGUGAGUACUGUGGAAGAAUCUCUACGCCAAAAUGAGAAUGGAUCAGAAUAUUCAUCCAAAGGAACACCUUCAAGGAAGUCAAUCACUCGAUGUAGUUCAAAACAUACUUCAUCUUCAGUCGCCACACCAAUAAAUUCUCGGGCGAAUUCAGUGCUAAGCGAAAAGAGACGAACUGAAUCGCCGAUACGGCCUGUAACGAAGAGCGUUAGUCAAUCUACCAUAACCCGAAAAAAGAGUCGAUCAAGUAUUCGCUCAGCAUCUGUUCAACCUCUUGAAAAUUCACUUCCGGAAAUUCAAUCUCAAAGGUCUUCUACCUCAAGGUAUUUGGAAACGCUUUCAACUAGUUCAACGUCUACAAAACAAAGUUCGAGAAAAUCACAAUCUAAGCCUUCUAGCAGAAGGACAACCACUCCACAAGGAACGCGAACACCAAGAUCAGCAACUAAAAUGACUUUCCAGCAGUAUGAAAACGGAGAACCUUCUCGACACAGUAAUUUGGCACCGCUACAAACUCAUAGAUCUACGAAUCGCCAAACGGAAACUGGAACGAGCAAAGGAACUACUUCACUUAGUUCUUUAAGGUCUGUUCCAUUGAAGGCUCAGCACUUACCAGCGUGGACUCAGACGUCAUUUGAAGCAUCUGCAUUGUCAAAUACCAGACAUUCUCGACUAUCCCACAGUUCGGAACGUAUUAACGAAUUGGCUAAGCCAAAACGCAGGCCAAGGUCAUCUUGUGAUUUUGCUGAUAAAUCUGGCGGACUUGAUGGAAAACAAAGACUGCCGCAACCCACAAUAAGCCCGUACUUAAUGCCUGUUGCCAGAUGGCCACGAACAAUGGCGUCAAUGUUGCUGAUGGGUGAAGUGUCUCCGCUCUACUGCGCUCAAUCACUGAAUGCUGGGGGUCCAGUGAAAUCAAAGAAACGACCUACAAAAGCACAAACCGAGAGGGUCCGCUCGGCGAUGGAGGCACGUGUUCGGCUUUCAUUGGCAGAGAAGGAGCUCGUAAAACUUGCUGCCCAAUUGUUGGAUCAAUAUGACACACUUUUGAUUGAGAGACAAAAGCUUGCGAGGACAAGAACAAUGCAACAGGUGGAAGAGAAGUAUUGA